AUGAAUUCUAAAAUAAUUUUCACUGCUUUGCUAGCUUUGUUGUUGAGCUCUUCUUUGGCAUAACAAAAUAACCCAUAGAUUGAGGCUCUAAAUUAAUAUAUUGAAUGGAUAAAAACUAACCCUAAAGUUUUCAUUAAUGAUGAUGAAAAGUUAUUCAGAUAAACUGUCUUCUUAGAAAACUUUUAAAAGGUUUAAGAUCAUAACUCAAACACUUCUCAUACUUACAAAUUAGGACUUAAUUAGUUCUCUGAUAUGACUUAAGAAGAAUUUGCUUAAAAGAUUCUCACUAACCACUCCAUCAAGAGUUCAUCUUAGAAGCUAUCAGUAUCUUCUUCAAGCACAUCUAGCACUUCAAUUGCAGCUUCUUUCGACUGGAGAACUAAGGGAGCACUUACACCUGUAAAAAAUCAAGGAAAUUGUGGAUCUUGCUGGGCUUUCUCUGCUACUGGUGUUAUGGAAUCUUUUAACUUCAUUAAAAAUCAUGUUCUUACUAGCUUUUCUGAAUAGCAGCUUGUUGACUGUGUUACUACAAACAAUGGCUACGUCUCUUAUGGCUGCAAUGGUGGUUCAUACUAGCAAGCAUUGCAAUAUGCUUCAAAAGUAGGUAUGAAAACAGAAUCAGCAUACCCUUAUAUUGGAUACUAAGGUAGCUGCAAAGUGAGUGGAACUAGUAAUGGAUACAAACCAGUUUCUUUCUCGUUUAUUAGUUCAACUACCUUGGCAUUAUAAACUGCAAUAAAUGCUUCACCUGUAUCAGUUGCAAUUGAUGCUACUAAUUUGUCUAUGUACUCUUCAGGUAUUUAUAAUAAUUGCAAUCCCUCAAAUAUCCAAUUAAAUCACGCAGUAUUAGCUGUAGGCUAUGACACCUAAGGAAACUGGAUAGUAAAGAACUCCUGGGGUACUUAGUGGGGAUAAUCAGGUUACUUCUUGCUAGCUCCUAACAACACUUGUGGUAUAUUAGAUGAUCCACUUCAUAUAACUGCUUGA